CAGAACUGAAAUCCCCUCAAUCAAUAAUGAAAUUUUUGAAAGACAGGUAAGAUCCUAGGAAGGAAGAUACCUUGCAGCGUCGUAACACACACGGCUGACCUCCAAGAGGCCAAUAGCGGUCGUUGUCCGGAAGUUGGUGAGUGUGUUCUGAUUUGUCUGUCAAUUUAGGUGGUCACUUUCUCAGAAAGCAAAGUAGUCCAUGGCAAAAGCAACCAAAGAAACAUGUGGGGAGACAGUCAAUCAGGACCAGUCAGAAACUAGAGGAUAUUGGUAUCUAUUAGUUACUUGUAAAUCUGCAUUCUACCACUUAUACCAGUAUCUUUACAAGCAAAAGAACAUUUGCUUCUCUAUUUUCCAUCAAAGAAGAAACGAAGAAUCACUUUGGUCUGAUGAUCUUCCAGAGGAGGUUUUGGGUUUGAUAAAAUUGCAUCUCUUUGGACAGGACUACUGCUCUUUUUGUGCUGUUUGUAGAACAUGGCGAUCCAAGGGCAAUCCAUUCCCACUACAUAUUACUCCAAGUACGUCAAUGACCCAAUCUCCAUGGCUUGUGUAUCUUGAGGAAGAGGACCACGUAAUGAAUAUGUUUCAUCCCUUAUUUAGAGGCAGUCUCAUAAAAAUUCCAGGACUAUCUGACUCAAGAAUAUGCUCCUCAAGCGAUGGUUGGUUACUUAUGUGGCAAUAUUCAAGGCGAGUGUUCUUUCUCAAUCCCUUCAAUAAGACUAUGAUUGAACUACCGGAUUUUCCGCGCCAAGAAUGGGAUACAUUACUAGAAAAGGAAAAAUGGCCGUACAUGCAUUUGCCAGCAUUCUCAUUCUCAUCCCCACCAACCUCUUCGAAUUGUAUAGUCUUUGGCAUCGCAAAAUCACUUUGGGCUGAUGAAGUUUCUAUUUGCAUAAUCCAUCACGGAGAAGCAAGCUGGACUAUUCACAAGUAUAUAGCCAAUAAUCUACCAUUCAUGCUAUCAAAUGCCAAUCCUGUUUUCCAUAAUGGGCUUGUUUACUGCCUUGGUGAAGAUGGAAAUCUUGGAGUUUUUGAUCCACACAAGGAUGAUAGAAGGGAAGAAUGCAAUUGGACUGUUCUUGAUCAUCCCCAUACACCACCUUUUGUUUUAACUAUUGCAGAUGGUAACCGUUUUUUGGUCCAAUGUAAUGGUAAUCUCUUCUCAGUGUUUCAGGGUCAUAUGGGAAAAGGUGUCUCUGUUUUCAGUCUGGAUCAUCAGACGAUGACCUGGAAUCAAGUCCAAGAUUUGGAAGAUCACAUGUUAUUCCUUGCAAGUCAAACUUCGCUCUCGGUAGAAAUGGCCAAGGCAUUCGAUGGAAUGGGUGACAAGAUCUACUUCCCCAUAUUCCCCAUUUCUUCUUGUGAUAGUAGUAGUAGCAGAGGAGGCAUGAUCAAUUCCUGUUCCUGUGUCUUCUAUUCUCUAAGUACUGAAAUGUACCAUACUUUUGGCACUAGUCAUUCAAGCCUAGACAUAUGUGGAAUGAAAAUUCGGAGAAAUUGUGCUUGGAUUGAACCCAAUUUUGUCAUACCUUCUAGUAAGGACCUUAAAUGGGGUUUGAAAUCGUCCACUAAUUAAAUAAAGUAUUAGCUUAUGUGUUCA